AUGCAGACAAUCACCCACAACCUCUUGUUUUGUACCUUUAACUCUACCAUUAUAGAACAAAAACCAAGCUUUCAAUUUUCUUCUCUUGUAACUCUCCCUCCUACUUAUUCUCUGCUACACAAAUUCUGUACAAGGGCAACAAGUAAACAGUUUGUUGCAGUUUGUGCAGCACCAUCAGAUGUCGAGGCUUCUUCUAAGGAUGAACCAGUUCUGAUUACGACACUGGAGACUGUAAACACCAACCAAGUUAAGGUGCAUGUACAAGUAUCAGGAGAGAAGACUCUAACGGAAUUCAACCAUGUAUUUGACAAAAUGGUUGCUGCAGCUCAGCCAAUUCCGGGCUUCCGAAGAGUUAAAGGAGGGAAGACUCCAGAUAUACCCAGAGAUAUUUUGUUAGAGAUCCUUGGAUAUUCUAAAGUGUAUAGGCAGGUGAUAAAGAAAUUAAUCAAUUCUACUAUCGCAGACUAUGUUAAAAAGGAAGACCUAAAGGUUGGCAAAGAUUUGACAGUUGAGCAAAGCUAUGAAGAUCUUGAAGAAACAUUUGAACCAGGUGAAACUUUCAGCUUUGAUGCAAUUAUAAAGCUUCAAGACGGGAGUUGA